AUGCCCGCCAAGUUAUAUUCUCCUUUGGCCAACGGGUCAAUUACCUCUGGGAUUGCGCCGUCUCUGUCAACCCACCAUACUAAAGAUACCGAUUUCGAGCUUGCCUCCUGGGACGGGCGUUCCUCCAUCGCAUCCCUGAACAAUAUCCACACCGAAAGCGAGCCGCCAGCGUAUAGCGAUGGCCUCCGCUUUACCCCCACUGUACAGCUCCAAAUUCAGACUCUUGGAAAGGCCGCACUAUCGUUCCCGAUUCCCACUCGUCCCGACCCCAUCCCCGUGUAUGCAGUAGGCUCGGACGGCACAGUCUUGGACAGCCAAACGCCGGUGUACUUCUCGCUACGGCGCUCAAGGGGGGCAAGUUCCUGCGUCCUUGUCGCCGGAGACGACGCGGAGCAGAAGCACCUGAGCACGACCUCAUACCGCUGGGGUCCCGGAAAACCACCUCGCGUCAGUCUGCUUCCCCCAUCCUCAGGACCCCCUGUGCAAGGCGGGGCUCGCAGCAGCCGGAGCAGCGCAGACGAGGAAGAAGAGGACGUAGAGGCCGUAGCAUGGGAUUCCUUUGAGCUCACAUCACGGGGUUUCACGACCCGUGCAAUAAGGUUUCGAACGCGGCUCGGCACCUUCGAGUGGCGGUACGCCUCCCGGAAGGAACGCAAGGCCGCGGGCAUCGACUCACUGCUCGUUCUUGACCGGGUCGUGCGCGUGUUCAACAGCGCUACAGCACCAAAUGCCAAGGACAAGGAGGAGGAGAUCCGCACACCCGUUGCGCAGUUCCUGCGAAAUGCCGAGUUGCGUACCCCGGGAAGUCGAGGUAGCAGUGCCGGCAAUGGGGGCCGCCUACGGGUGGACCUGAGUCUAUGGCAGGAUGGCAAGGAGGAUGCCGAGAUGGUGCGUUUAAUGGCUGUCACGACCUGCAUUGGGAUGCUCAAGAAAGAAGUCGAUCGGCGAAGGAUGCAGCAAAUGGCUAUCAUGGCGGCUGCGGCGGGAGCAGCGUGA